AUGAUUUUUGAUUGGGGAUUCCUUCUGAGGUGGACAGAGACAAGAGCUGAAGUCCUGAAGCAGCAUCCUGUUGACUUGACAUUCUUUUUCGUUCCUCAAGUUGUCCAGGCCCUUCGGUUUGAUGACCUUGGAUAUAUCGCACAGUUCAUCUUCGAAACCACAAAGGUGUUGCAGCUCUUUUGCCACCAGAUUAUAUGGAACAUGAAAGCCAAUUGCUACAAGGAUGAUGCUGCCGAGAUCAUGAAUCCUUUGAAACCCACACUAGAUUGGAUGGCUGAUAUGGUGGUAGAUUCACUGUCUGGUGAUGCCCGUGCCUUUUACAAUCGGAAAUUCGGAUUCUUCAACAAGGUAACCUCGAUCCCUGGGAAACUGAAGCCCUUCAUCAAAAAGUCGAAACCUGAGAAAAAGGCGAGACCCUCGAAGAUCAUCCUAGGAUUUGAUUUGACGUUUGUUGAUAUUGGUGUCUACCUUCCCAGUAACUCGGAGGGUAGUGCUAUUAACAUUGAUAAGAAAUCUGGUCAACCUCUCCAAAGUCACCCUAAGGCACCGUUCAUGGCCACUUUUAAAGUGAGGAAGGAGCGCAUCAUUAUUGAUUCUGAUCCAAAGUCUCUUUUGAAUGGUGCACUCAAGAAACAUGAGGAGUAUGACAUUUGGCAACAGGCCAUCUUCAAAGUUGGCGAUGACUGCCAACAAGAUGUGUUGGCCUUACAGAUCAUUGCGAUGUUCAAAAAUAUCUUCACCAGCAUCAGGUUGACUCUCUAUCUUCUCCCUUACAGGGUUACUGCAACUGCCAUUGGAUGUGGUGUCAUUGACGUGGUGCCAAAUGCAAUAUCUCGAGAUAAGAUGGGAAGAGCCACAGUAAACGACCUGCUCAACUUCUUUAUUUCGAAAUAUAGAGGAGAAGAGACUGUUGCAUCCCAGUGUGCUCACCUCAAUUUCAUCCAGUCUAUGGCUGCAUGUUUUGUUGCUUGCUAUAUCUUGCAAAUCAAGGACCGUCACAAUGGGAAUAUCAUGAUUGAUGGUGAAGGGCACAUCAUACAUAUCGACUUUGGAGUCAAGUUUGAACCUAGCUCCUUCAAGUUAACCCAUGAGAUGGUAGUUCUAAUUGGCGGCAGAUACUCUCAAGGCUACGAACUGUUUCAACAUCCAAUGCUCAUCAGCACAGCCCAACUCAUGCUGGGAACUGGUUUCCCGUCUUUCAAAGGCAAACUGACUAUCAAGCACCUCAAAGAUCAGUUUGCACUUGGGUUGAAUGAACGUCAAGCUGCUGAAUGGAUGAUGGGAAUCGUCCACAAUGCUCAUGAAAAUGUGAGGAGCACAGCCUAUGACGAGUUCUAA